AGUGGUGUGGCUGAAAGAACUUUCUCAGUGCUAAAGCAAUCAAAUCAUACUGUGUAAUAAGCCAGUGGGAACCACAGACAUCCACAAUUCCCUGACCCGUCCCAUUCCUGUCAUAUAUGGAGAUUUACACUGAAGAAAAGUACAAGACAGUUAAAUGAUUCUAGUCUGCCAUGCCAUUGGGAAACUAUAGUAAAAUUUUCGAAAUAUUAAAGAGGAAUUAAUUUAAAAUUCACUGGAUUUUACAAAAAAAAAAAAAAAUCCCCAAAAAACAAAACAAAAAUAUGUGUCUAUAACACAUAAGAAAUCUAUUUUUAAUAAUAGAAUAAAAAAAAAUUUAGUCAAAUAUCCUUUGUGACAAAAAGAUUUUUUGCUGGAUUCUUUGAACCUCCUUUCUGGAGGUAGUGUGACAUUGUGAAAAAUGGAUAUGUCUGUGAAACAUUUUACGAUAAACUUAGAACAUGAUAUCGACGAACAUUAUCAAUAUCAACCAGGUGAGAUACUCCGGGGAUCUAUACAGCUAUCUCUCUCCAGUCCAACUUUACUCCGAACCAUUAUGAUCAGUGUUCUUGGUGAGGGGCGGGUCUGUUGGGAAGACAAUCAACAACAAAACCAAGCAAGCGAGAUAUACAUGGACGCCUCAAAGUUGAUUAUGGACAUGAAGAAUACAGAACCACUGAGUUUGAAUGCCGGUCCACAUAAUUUCCCUUUUGACUAUCAGCUACCAUAUAAUUUACCCUCUUCCUUCAUCGGAAAAUACGGUAAUGUGACGUACGUAUUAAAAGCAAUUAUUUCUGGAGACAGAGUUGGUGAAACUAACAUUACCAGCGAGCCUUUCUUAAUUGUCAGACCAUUACCAUUGUCUGCCGCACUCUUAAAGCCAAAAAAUAUAACACACCAGAAGAAAGCAUGGAAGGGGUGUACAUUUGGUAAGAUAUUGAUGGAUGUGACAAUAAAAAAAUCAGGUUUAGUCCCUGGGGAAGAUAUACUUAUUGAUGCCGAUAUUACAAACCGAAGUCCUAAAGUUAUCUAUGCAAUUCAAGCUUCCCUCUUGAUGAACAGUACUUACCAUGCACAGAAGAAAAGCAUCAGUUUCCUACAGGUGGUAAACAAGCGGCGAGACGAAUACGAAAUGGGGUACUGCGAAGGUCGAAAGUGGAGAAAUGUGCGUUUAGCUGUCCCUCCUUAUAUCCCAGAAUCUAACCUAGACUACUGUGACCUGAUUGAGGUGGAAUAUUCAUUCCAGUUCAAGCUGGAAAUGGCAGACAACACUGAAAUGCGGAUCGACACACCAAUCACAAUCGGAAUGAAACCACAGGGUCUUGAAGUGCCAGAAAAUGCCCAAGAAAGAGAGAAAGCUCAGAUGCGUAAUACUCGGUGGAUGAGGAACACCGACAGAAAUGCCCUGGGAUCGGAUGAUUUCAAUCAUGAAGAUGAAAUAUUAAGUGAAUUGAACCACAAGACUAAUUCUUGGCAUGUGGGUGGAGCUGAGAUUACCCAAGUGGAACGGAAAAUGGUCAACCCAUUGUUUGAGCAAAAUGACGAUCCUGAACAGAACAAAGAUGAAGAAAUCAUGGAAGUUAGCCGGUUAUGAAAUGUGUCUGCUUUAUAUAUAUAUAUAUAUAUAUAUAUAUAUAUAUAUAUGCACACACACAUGCAUUAUAUACACAUCACAUAUACAAAUGUAUAUAUGUACACACACACAUAUAUACACACA